CCCUGUCGAUCUCGUCUUCUUCGCUGUAGAAUCUCUGUAAAUAUUCCCAUCCCAAGUCCCAAAACGCCAUCGUUUUCUACCUCGACCUUUUAUCGUAAAGGGGUCGGGGGUUAAAAUGGAGGGAUAUCAUUCAGCUUCAACGGUUAGGGUUUAGACGCCGGGGUUUUCAUCAGCAGCAAGAAACCCUAACCGCAGUAAAAAUCUCUGGUAUGUUCUCGAACUUCUCAGGUUUUAUCCUAUUCCUUGCUUGAUUCUAGUCGGUCAAUUCGAGGUUGAAACGCCCCUGAGACAUUGAGCUGUUGUUGGGAUUUUAUUGGCGAAAUGUGCGAAUCUUGGGGGGUAGAUGGGUAGUCUCUUGGGAGGUUUAGUUCGAUUGAAGUGAUAUGAGGUGUUGAAUAUGAGCGAUGGAGGUAGGGAGAAUGUAAGAGGGGGUCAGUACAACUGUGGGGCAUCAAAGAAGAAGAAGAAGGUUGCGGUGAAAGACGAAUUUGCCCAUGCUAUUGCUAGAGUUGCGGUUUCGCAGAUAUUGGAGGGUAUAGGGUUUCAGAACACCCACCAGUCUGCGUUGAACACUCUUUCCGAUGUUGCUGUCAGGUACAUUCAAGAUGUAGGAAAAUAUGCCAAUUUAUGUGCAAAUUCAGCAGGUAGGAGCCAUUGUAAAUUGUUUGAUGUGAUUGAAAGCUUGGAGGAUUUGGGCUCCUCCCAGGGGUUUUCUGGUGCCUCUGAUGUUACUCACUGUGCUUUAAGCUCAGGAGUACUCAAGGACAUCAUUCGGUUUGUGGAUGAAACUGAGGAAAUCCCUUUUGCCCGCUCUAUUCCCAGGUUUCCAGCGGUUAAAGAGCAUAAACUAAAUGCCACUUUUGUGCAAACUGGAGAAAACCCUCCCGAACAUGUACCUGCUUGGUUACAGCCAUUUCCAGAUCCCGAGAGUCUCAAUUCGGUGGAAAAGAAAGAAAUAGAUGACAGGACUUUCAUGUCCGAGCCGGUUGAAGAUAGGAGAAUUGAGAAAAGGCCUAUGCUGAAUUUGAGCCAGCAUUUGGGUGCUAGUGGCCGUGAAGAUGCUGCGGAGGAAAAGAGAGUAGCUGAAUGCAACCCAUUUCUUGCAACGCCUCUGCAAUAUUGGGAGAAAGAGGUCUCCCAAGUUCUCAUUCCAGCUAGACUUUUUGAUAACACCUUUAUGCCACAAUCAGAUCAGCCAAUUACAAGAUUCCAUGACUCUGUGCUGGAAGCCUCUGUUCCCUCUGUUGAAGCAGUUCAGAGCAGGCCAACUCAUCAUGAGGAUGGAGGGAAAAGUGUUCUCGGGGAAAGGAGAAAUGCAGUGAGAUUUCGGUUAGAAAGUGGAAGAAGGGCAUUUGGUAAAGCAGCAAGCCUAUGGUCCGACGGUGAUGAGGAACUGGACUCUCCACCAAUUAAUGAUCAUGAGAAGGUUAACGGUAAAAGAAUAUCUGAGGUAAUUCUCAUAAGUUCCAAGAAUAUCUCACAGGAGCAGGCUCAAUUGUAAAUUAGGCAUGUUUUGUUAGACCUAGUAUACUCUUUUAGCAAACUGGGAGGCAGACUUUGCCAAUCAUUGUAGAGGACAUAUGUAUCCGUAUAUGAGGUUUUACAGACUGCUGGAGAGGUAUUUUUCCCACUUAAUGAUCCAUUGAGAUGUGUUAUUAUUAGACAUGUCUUGGACCUUUGUACUUGAUCAUUUCAUUGAUGAAAGUUUUUUUCUAAGAUAUAUUCUGUAUUAUUGAAGUCUGAACUGUCCUGGUUGUGCUGCACAAGGUUUCACAUUUUUGAACAAAUGGCAUUUAAAAUGAAUGGAUGUAUUUCUA